UCUAGACAUUCUUACUGGGUUUGAUCCUUGAAUCGAUGCAAACAAAAGGGCUCAGCCAUCAUGAGCAGUAAUAGAAAUAAAAAAAAUCUAAAUAAAAUUUAAAAUUUAUGCCUGCCCUGUUAAUAUGGUGUCUGUAAUAGAUCACUCUGAUGACUUCCUGCGUACAGUAUAGUCAACAUUAUACAAAACUAAACUUCAUUGGUAAAAUUCCUUCCAUGUUUACUCAAUUUGCAUCAGUACAGUAGAUAAACCAUCCUUACUCACAAUUAAUUAUAGCACUGCUAGAGUGCUACCACCAGCUUUGAGCUAAUGCUUUGCUUACAAGUUUUAUAUGAAAGUUAGCAGCAUUGCAUCAUCCUCAGUAUGUGACGGAAUGUGCCACACUCCGUGCUCCCCUGUCGUAGCAUUUUCUGUUUUCUGCCUGGUGUUUUCGUGCCCUAGUUCGCUUUCCGUAGUUUGUCGUUCACCUGUGUCUCGUUUCCCAGCACCCACACCUGCUCGUCAUUUCAGUUUAUUUGUCUGUGUAUUUAUACACGGCUGUUUAGCUAGAUACUUUGCCAGAUUUUAAUGUGUUUCAACCGUUCUUUCCUGCGGUUCUCUGCCUGCCUGUUCCGUGUUUUGACUUUCUUUGUGUACCCGGUUCUUUGGAUUUACCUUCUGUUCUGUGUUUGAUUACCUGCCUCUGGACUUUGUAGCUUGUCAUCAAUGCACUGCACAGUGGCUUGAAACAAGAGCCUGGAAGGGCUGUCACAUAAAGAGCAGAGGAAUGAGGAAGCGUUUAUGUAACAGAUUACAGCCUCUCCUCUCUCCCCCCCGUGAGUGUUUGAGUGCUGGAGGCUGCGGGCUAGCUGGCCCGUCUCCAGGAGAAAACGGCACAAAUGAGCGUCGUCUGACACAGCCUGGGUUCUGGGGGGACAUGGAAUGGGACUGACAGAGCAGCAUCGCUACCGUGCGGGAAGGAUCUCAUCUGUGGGAUAUCGUCCUGGGACAGGUGAGGGCCGGAGCAGGACGGAAGCGAUGUGAAAAAAACAGGGUUUGACGUCGCUGAUGAGAGGGACUUGCAUGCCAAGCACGAUGCCCCUGCUGGCGCUUCAGGGGAGAUGUGUCUGAAAAACAGGGAUGGAGACUGAGGCAGCCUUUCUGGAAAGGCAGUAUGUGCACAGUGUCUAUGACAAGACCGCUCCUUACUUCAGUCACCUCCAAGGCAAGGCCUGGCCCCGGGUCCGAGAGUUCCUUCUCCGACAGAAACCUGGGAGCCUGGUGGCUGACGUUGGCUGUGGUGCUGGGAAGUAUCUGAAGGUCAAUCAGGAAGUUUGCAUGGUGGGCUGUGAUCUCUGUGGCCCCCUAGUGGCCAAAGCCAGGAAGCACGGGAAUGAAGUGCUGGUGUGUGACAACCUUCAGCUCCCCUUCAGGGACCGAGUCUUCAGUGCUGUCAUUUCCAUUGGCGUGAUUCAUCAUUUCUCCACGCCAGAGAGGAGAGUAUGUGCGAUUAAGGAGAUGGCACGGACCCUGGCUCCGGGCGGGGAGCUGAUGAUCUACGUCUGGGCCCAGGAGCAGAAGCGUCGGCGUUUCCCCAAGCAAGACGUCCUGGUGCCCUGGAACAAGGCCCUGUGUUCCAGGAGCUCCUCUGAAUCUGGGGACGAGGUUUCGGGUCGGACCGCCCUGCCGGAGGAACGCUCGAGAGCUGUCCCGCUGGGGGGGGAGUUGGGCGACCGGCGAACCCACAGCUUGGGGAGCUACGUGGCAGUGGGGAACUGCUGCUUCCGAAUCCCGGCCCAACGCGACCGUGCGCCCCGCGCUUGCCUGGGCAGGUCCCUGCAGUCCUGGUUCUUCUCCAAGUCCCUGGACGAGUCCAGCAUGAAGCGCUUCAUCGAGAGGGCGAGGCCCAGGAGCGGUCCUCUGCAGUGGGGCCAGAGCACGGUUCUGGUUCAGCCCGCCAGGCACUGCAGCGUGGACCUGGGGCUGGGCGGCUCGCUGCUCCGCCAGUCCAGCCUGGGGGACGAUGACGUGUUCGUGGAAGCGGUCAGGCAGGAGGAGGAGGAGGACCAGUGGCAGAAGGAGGCCGGCGUGCUGAACGGGGUGAAUGGCAGCGCUCGAGGUCGGGUCCACGGGGAAUAUGACACCGCGGAAAACCUCCAGCUCUCCGCUGCGGUGAGAAGCACAAACGCCCUGAACCGCGCCAAGACCAGAGCCCUGCCCCUCCACUCCACAGACUCCAUUUUGGAAACGGUGAGCGUGGACGGGCGGGAGGGGGACUUGGCGGACGGCAAAGACCUGAUGCGCUACUACCACGUUUUCAGGGGUGGGGAGCUGACCCGUCUGAUAGAGGAGAACGUGGCAGAGCUCAGUGUCCUGUGCACCAGUUUUGACCACGGGAACUGGUGCGUGAUCGCCAAGAAAAACGCUUAGCGUCUAAGUGUCUUAACCCUUCAUGGUGUAAGGUCACAAAUAUGUGAUUAGAACAUUCUAAUUCCAGAUUGAACUGAUGUCACAACCACUACUGGUAAUUUAAAGCAAUUGAGUUCUAGAGCACUGAAUUAAAAAAAAAAACCUUUCCUAAAAACCUACUCUUCAAAGGGUUAAUUCAGAACCUCUCUCGAAUAAUGAAAAGAAUUUAGAUCAUUCAAACGCUUGGUAAAGUACUGUACGUCUGAAAGCAUUAUCAUUACCUACAUGUGAAAAAGUAUACCUCAGUGCCCCUCACUGUACUAAAUCUAUUUUCAGUAGGCCUACCCUAACUAUCUCAUUGUUUUUACCCCCUCCUCACAAGAUAAAUUAAUAUAUUAAUCAUAUUAGGGCCAAUAUAUGAAUAAAAGUGAAUACUCAUGUCUA